UCAACGUUUAGCCAGCGCCAGCAGCCCCUACGAAAAAAAAAGCGCUAAUACGCCAAAAACAACAACAACAAACACGGCCUGAGAGCGAUAACGAGCAGCUGAUUUUUUUUAUUAUCUCGUAUCGCAUCUUCACAACAACAACAACAACAACAGCAACUGCAACUGUGACUCCCGCAGCAGCAGCAGCAGCAGCAACAAAAACAACAAGCAAAGCCAAAGUGAAGUGAACUCUGCUCUCGCGCGACUGCGACUUCGGCUCUCGCAACUCCUCGGCAAGCGCUUCGGCCGCGACUUCGGCUUCGGCUCAGUCACUUCGGCAGCGACUUCGGCGACCUCGGGUCGCAUCGUAAAUUACUUGCAAAGUUAAUUUUAGUCUCGGCUUUUAAUACCGUUUUAGUGCGUUUUCGAGUUGGUCGUGCUUUUUUCCGCUCCGAAAACUGAAAAACUCGAAACAACACAACAAUUUUCCAAGAGACUGCAAAAUCCGCAAAAACCAUAAAAUUCGCGAAAACCGAACCUGAUAAGAAAGUUCCAAACAAAAUACCGGCAUCGGAGGAAGAGUCCCUAAAUAUUAAUGUGACUGUUUCUUGGUGACAUAUCCUGGUUUCCAUUAUAUUUUUUUUUUUUCGGCUCUUCUAAAAUUUUUUGUUUUCCAACGGAAAUGUAAAUCAUUCGCCCCCGCCGUGAAUUUGACCCGCGCUUCCUGCUUUUAUUGAAAACAAAUCAAGAACUGUUUCUCUUCUUUUUUUUUUGCGCUGACAAUUACAUUAAAUUGUCGAAAUAAAAUUUGAAAAACCAACAACAAAUAUCAUAAUUUACGAAAUAAAAAAUACAAAAAAACGCGCUCACACAACACAAACAGAAACGGCAGAAACGCAUUAAAAGACGGAAGUGGAUUUUCGCUAAGCGGCAAAGCGGCGCAUCCUGUUUUGGGCUUUCCCACAAAAAAACGCUCUUACACACAAACAUACAAUCCGGCGGCGCACACAUAUACAAAGUUCGGAUUCGUGUGUGGCUCAGGCUCACGUAUAGGAGCUUUAACGUUAACUCUUUUUCCCUUGGGUUAAUUGAUUAACCAGGCCCAAAAGAAGCCUAAAACAAAAAAAAAAAAAAAAAGAGAUCCCGGGAGAACACAAAAGCCAGCAAGAUGACUGGUUUCACGAACGCCGGUUUCGAAAACGAUGAGCCCGUCAAGCCAAAAGCUGGUUUCGAGCCCGACACCGCCUCGCUGCGAGAGAAAGUUGUGCUGAAUCCGGCCGAGAAAUGGCGCAUCUUAAAGAAUAUCUCGAUCAUCUCAAUAGCCUUUAUGGUGCAAUUUACAGCGUUUCAGGGCACGGCUAACCUGCAAUCCUCCAUCAACUCCAAGGAUGGCCUGGGUACGGUCUCGCUCAGCGCAAUCUAUGCCGCCUUGGUGGUAUCCUGCAUCUUCCUGCCCACGCUGAUUAUCCGCAAGCUGACCGUUAAGUGGACACUGGUCUGCAGCAUGCUCUGCUAUGCCCCCUACAUUGCCUUCCAGCUGUUCCCGCGCUUCUACACUUUGGUGCCAGCCGGCAUACUGGUCGGUAUGGGUGCCGCCCCCAUGUGGGCGUCCAAAGCUACUUACCUGACGCAGGUCGGACAGGUGUAUGCAAAGAUAACCGAACAGGCAGUGGAUGCCAUUAUUGUGCGAUUCUUUGGCUUCUUCUUCCUGGCCUGGCAAUCCGCUGAGCUCUGGGGCAAUCUCAUCUCCAGCUUGGUCCUGUCCAGCGGCGCCCAUGGCGGUGGCAGCAGCAGCUCGAACUCAACCAUUAGCGAGGAGGACUUGCAGUUCUGUGGCGCCAACUUCUGCACCACCGGCAGCGGUGGACACGGCAAUUUGGAGCGUCCCCCAGAGGAUGAGAUCUUUGAGAUUUCCAUGAUUUACCUGUCCUGCAUUGUGGCCGCUGUCUGCAUUAUUGCCUUCUUCCUGGAUCCCCUCAAGCGGUAUGGUGAGAAGCGCAAGGGUUCCAACUCGGCUGCCGAACUCUCGGGCCUGCAGCUCCUUUCCGCCACCUUCCGUCAGAUGAAGAAGCCAAAUCUGCAGCUCCUCAUCCCCAUCACCGUCUUCAUUGGCAUGGAGCAGGCCUUCAUUGGUGCCGAUUUCACCCAGGCCUAUGUGGCCUGUGCCCUGGGCGUGAACAAGAUCGGUUUUGUGAUGAUCUGCUUCGGUGUGGUUAAUGCCCUCUGCUCAAUCUUGUUUGGCUCCGUGAUGAAGUACAUUGGCCGCACACCCAUCAUCGUGCUCGGCGCCGUUGUCCACUUCACCCUGAUCACCGUGGAGCUCUUCUGGCGUCCCAACCCGGACAAUCCCAUCAUUUUCUAUGCCAUGUCCGGUCUGUGGGGUGUCGGUGAUGCCGUGUGGCAGACCCAGAUCAACGGUCUGUAUGGUCUGCUCUUCCGGCGCAACAAGGAGGCUGCCUUCUCCAACUACCGCCUUUGGGAGUCCGCCGGCUUCGUCAUUGCCUAUGCCUAUGCCACCACGCUCUGCACGCAGAUGAAGCUGUACAUCCUCCUGGCGGUCCUGACGCUGGGUUGCAUCGGCUAUGUGAUUGUUGAGAUCCUGUACAGGAAGAAGCAACGCAAGGUGAAGAAGCAGGAGAAGAUCGAGGCGGCCGAGAAGGAGAAGGAGGCCGCUGCUGCCGCGGCAGCUGCUGCAGCUCUGGCCGCCGCCGAAUCAGGGCCCGAUGGCGUUGAGGAGACCGAUGACGAGCUGGACGAUCUCGAGGAAGACAUUGUGGUUACGCGCCUGUAAAUGUUUAAUUCCCUAACUGCACACUCCGCAAACACACACACAAACUUCUACAUUCCAUCAAGUUAUCGAUAGAGAGAGAAAAAAGAGAGAGCAAUGCCAGGAUAAGACCAACUGGAAAAAAAAAGUGGCAAAUGUCAAAUACAAAGAGAGAAGGAAAAGAGAAGAGAGCUAAGAGAAGCCGGGAAUCGCGUUAUCGAUAAAAAAAGAGAAAUACAUUAAUCAAAAAGAAAUGGCGCUGAUCGAGAGAAAAGAAAGCAUACUUUUGUGGUUGUAGUUUUGUAGUAGAACAUUUUCAAUUCCCCCUUCACUACCCUCUCCGCCCACCCGGAAGAACCCCAUUUAGCUCAAAGACCAAGCGAGUUUGGCUUUACUUUAGUUUGUACAUACAGAGAAAGAGAUCGAAAAAAAAAACAAAAACAAAAAACAAAGUGAAGAUAUCGGGAAGAGAUGCAAAGCAAAACCUAUUGUGUGUUAGUCUAGGUGUAAGGACACUCACACAACCAUACAAAAGCCACACCUACGCGAGCACACACACACAUACACAAACGAGACACACACACUGUAGCAGUGUGCGUGCCCACGAUGCCUAAUAAAUUGUUAUUUUAUUUUAAAUCGUACUUUAAACUGUAGUAUAUACACUAAAAGAAAUUGUAAUAAACUUCCGUUUUUUGUACAUUUUUUUUUUGUUAAAAAAUAGAAAAAAAGGAAAAAGAAAGCGUGAUAAACAAACAAACACAAACACACAGACACGAAACACAGUCACAAAAAAGAAGCAAGAUUCGUAUGGAAAUAGUCAAAUUUGUAAAGUUUUUAAAAAUACACAUACUGGCCUUAAUGAAAUAUAUAUAUAUGUGUAUUUAAAAAAUAUAUGUGUAUAUAUAUCGAAAAAGCAGUGCAAAAAUGAAAUGCAAUUACUUAAUAUAACAUAAAUAUUACAAGAAAAAAGAAUAAAAAAAAACAAAAGCAAAACAAAAAAAACAAAUAGAAAAGAGAAGAAGAGAAAGCAAAAAAUCUAGUAGGCAAAAUGUUAUAUACACACAUUUUUUGCUCAGUAUUAUGUUUUAAACUACAUUUAAGCGA